AUGGUGCCCGCGUCCGCGCCCUGGGCGCGCGCCCUGUGGCGGGCCUGCAACGCGCUCAUGGCCGCCUUCUUCGCGCUCGCCGCCUUCGUGCAGACCAAUGAUCCUGAUGCAGAAGUGUGGGUGGUGGUGUAUGCAAUACCUGCAGUACUGACCCUGCUGGUUGGAUUUAACCCUCUUGUCACAGGUAACUUUAUUUGGAAGAGUGUGUCUGCGAUCCACACAUUCGUUUGCAUGGUAUGGGCUCUCGGCCUGGCUUACCACUUCUUGCUUCAUGCACAGGAGAACAUCUUACACGAAGAAGAAGGCAGGGAGCUGUCUGGCUUGGUGAUCAUCUCUGCCUGGAUGGGCCUAUGCUGCAGCUCAUCAGAGAAUCCAGUUGGUGGAAGAAUUCAGUUGGCUCUUGCCAUUAUAAUUGUUCUUUUCCCAUUUAUCUCAUGGAUCUAUGUGUACACAAACAAGGAGUUGCAGUCCUCAUGGCCAAGUCACUGCAAGACAGCAAUUUAAAUGCAAAAGUCAUCAUUUAAAAAAAAAUAUUUUAGAUUUCUUAUAAACACAAGGGUAACAGGCCAGUCUCCCAGCUGUCUAUUCCAGGCAAUGUAAGCUAAUACUAAGAGAAAUGAUUUUUUUUUUUUUUUACAAAGAUGGGACAAGAAAAUCCUCAGGAACUUUUUAAGGUAAUGUGUGAUGUCAGAUUGGAUGAGGCUGAUAAGAGAUGGGGUCCAACACUCUCUAGAAAGCUUUCUGAAGGGUAUGAUGUCAGAGAACAGUGGGAGAAACACUAAAGCAAAUGUUAAGAGCCCAUUCUAAUUGAGUAUCACCACUAGCCAUGUGACUUGGACAAACAAAAAUCCAGCCAGGUAUCUCUUUAAAGAUUGAAAUCCUUACAGUAGGAUUGCCAUCAGAGCCCCUACUUAUUCUGAUGCAAGGAUCCAGUUAGCAAAUGGGAAAGCAAUAGGGAGAUGGAAUGCCUGUGUAAGUCUGUACUUGACUAAAACAUCAAGAGAGGGUCGUGGCCCUGAACUGGCACUGUGCCAUGGCCUGAGUGAGCACUCGAGAUGAGCUGCAAGGACAGGCGUGUCUUGGAAAGAUGAGGAAGUUGGAUAGAAGCCAUCCAUUUGGGACCAGGAGAUAAGGAAAGAGAGUAGUAACUACAUUCUGAGUGAUGAGGCCAACAUCUACGCAUCUGAACUCUGAGAGUCACCCGAGGCAGGGGAGGGUUUGAAAGCUGCAUCCUACAGCACAGCAAGCAGCCACUAGCCCCACGCUGCUACGGAGCACUUGAAAUGAGGCUGGAGUCACUCAAAAAAAAAUCUAGUUCUUCUCUCAUGUUUACCUUCAUUAAACACUGAUUUUCACUUCAUACAAAACUUGUGUUUGAAACAACUUGGUUAUGUCAAUCUGCUUUUGCUGCUACAGAUUUCAACUUAUCUAAGUCUGUAUUUCCAAUGAAAAUUCAGUGUUCACAUGAGUGGGCUAUGAGUGUAAAACACCCACUUACACGUUUGUCAGUGUGCAAAAUGAAUAUAAAGUUUUUCAUGAUGUCAAAAGAAUAAUUUGGUUAAAUAUACUAUUAAAAUUUGCAUGUUUC